UUGAUGCGAAGAGAAGACAGAACAGGAGAGGGUGGUUUGGUUUAUUGUCAAAUGAAGAAGGCUCACGAGACACGCAUGGGCUCACCCACAUCCUAUCCGUCCUUCUCUCUCAGCUGCUGACUCACACAUGUCCGUCGCCGGAAAAAUCAGCUGCCACCUUAACGCCGCCGGCGAACGCCCUUCGCAGAAUCUCACCCGACGACGUUCCCUUUCUCAAUUCCCCAUCUGGGUAUCCCUGUUUCCCCCAAAGUUCUCUUGUUUCUCUUGAUUCAGAAGAACUGGUCAGUGAUACCCUUUUUUUAGAACAAUGAGAGCAGGGAAGGGGAAUCAGGAAGAGGAUGAGUACGACGAAGAAGACUUUGGUUCUUCCAAGAAACAAGGCACUUCUUCUGCCCCCAACACCAACAAAGCAGAUGGAAAAGCCAUUGAUAAGGCCAGUGCGAUAAGAUCGAAACAUUCUGUGACCGAGCAGCGGAGAAGGAGCAAGAUAAACGAGAGAUUCCAGAUAUUGAGGGAUCUCAUACCUCAUAGUGAUCAGAAGAGGGACACGGCAUCAUUUUUGUUAGAGGUGAUCGAGUAUGUUCAGUACCUGCAGGAGAAGGUACAAAAGUAUGAAGGUUCAUAUCCAGGUUGGGGUCAAGAGCCCUCGAAGUUGAUGCCAUGGAGAAAUAGUCAUUGGCGUGUCCAAAGCUUCGCUGGUCAACCUUCGGCUGUAAAGAAUGGUUUGGGUACUGUAUCACCUUUUCCUGGAAAGUUUGAUGAAAGCAGUGUUAGUAUCUCUCCAACUAUGCUUAGUGGCACACAGAACACGAUAGAUCCUGAUCAGAGCAGGGAUAUUGUCAACAAGACAGCAGAGAGGCAACCUGAUUUAGUGAGCAAGGGAAUACCUCUUCCCUUGCCUAUGCAUUCAAACAUGUCCGUUCCUGUCAGAAGUGAUGGUGUACUUGCACAUCCUCUUCAGGGAACUGUCUCUGAUGCACAAUCAACUGAAUGCCCAACAACUAGUGAACCUCAGAAUCAGCAGGAUGAACUCACGGUUGACGGAGGGACAAUUAGCAUCUCAAGUGUAUACUCCCAAGGGUUAUUGAACAAUCUAACUCAGGCAUUACAAAGUGCCGGUUUAGAUCUGUCACAAGCUAGUAUCUCAGUUCAGAUUAAUCUUGGGAAACGAGCAAAUAGAGGAUUGAGCUGUGGGACCUCUUCUCCCAAGAAUCAUGACAACCCUCUUUCAAAUAAUCAAACAAUUGCACAUUUUAGAGAUGCAGGAAGUGGAGAAGACUCGGAUCAAACGCAAAAACGAAUGAAAACAUACAAGUGAUGUAGCAUUUUCACGAGACAUCCAGAUUUCUUGCUUGUUCCUGGCAUAACACAUUCCCUGUGGCUACUGUACAUCCUUCCCCAUAUGUUUGACUUUUUAAUGGUUAUUUCAGAACCAUAUAAAACAUGAAAACAACAAUUUGUGGAGAUAUUGAAGCUUCUACUGUAGUAGGCCAUGCCAUAUAUUAUAGCUGUAUGAUACAUAUUAUAUCAUGGCAAUUAUUAUUGAGCGUUUGUUUGGAAAUUUUAUAAUAUAUAUAUACACACGUUUAUUUUGAAUG